AUGGAAAUGCAACAACAACAACAACCACAACCACAACAGCCUCAACCUCCAGUCUCUCCUCCAAUCCCCAAACAACCCAGAACCUCUGCAUCCAGGUCUCAAAAGGCUACAAACUCUGAAGAAAACCCCUCUACUAAGAAGACCAGAACCUCUGUUGCUACACAAGUUCUGAAGACAAAGUCUGAUAAACCAGCAAACUCUGAUGCUGUAAACUCUGAUGCUGUAAACCCUGAUCCUACAAACACUGAAGCUGCUUCUCCUCAAAAGCAGAAAAGGAGGAGACUGGUUGCAGCCUAUGAUUAUGAUGAUCUUGAAGCUGCACAUGCAAUAAACUCUGAACCUCCUCCUGCAACAAACUCUGAACCUUCUCAGGCCAGUCCUCAAACAAAGACACCAAGAUUCAAAAGAAGAGCAAACAAGCCUAAGAGGCCAAGGGUGCCAAUCACAGAGAUCACAGAUUUUACAGUUGAGGAAGAGCAAACACCAUCUACCACACUACCAGAAUCUUCUCAAGCUCUGAUGGUGCUUCCUCUUCAAGCUGUUCCACUCUCAACUGCUACAGCAUCUUCUACUUCAUCUGAAGUAGAUGAGGAAAUUGUAUGCAAGGAUCAAACUACAACUAAAGCUGAGACACCAGUGUCUGACUCUCAUAUUCCAAUAUCUGAUCAUGGACCCUCCACUCCAAUUCCUCAUUCUCCAAUGAAAAUUCCUGAGGGUGCCAUUGUUCAUGAUACAGCUCCAGAAAAUUACAAGUCAGAUGCUGUAGUUGAAGAACCUGAUAAGGUAGCAGUGGAAGCACUGCAGUCUCUUGCUAAGGCUGGUGGAGAGCCUAGCAAAUCAAAAGCUGAUGUUCAAGAACCUGUUGAGAAAGUUGCUAAUCCUGCAUCUGAUAAUGAUGAGGAUGAUGACAGUUCAGAUGAUGACAAUGAUAAAAAUGAUGAUGAAGCCCCUUUGUCUCAUUUACAACAAAAGUGGGAGUCCACCAGCCAAUACAAUGCCAGGCUGCAGACUCUGAACACAAACUCUGAGCCACUUCCCAGGGAUCUUCAGGUUGAUCCACCAACUGAAAUUGUGAUCACUAUAUCAUCUUAUAUAGUGAAAUUAUAG